UCGUGAUCCCGCCGAGUGUUCCGAGAGACCAAGAAGGUCUGAGCUGGGGGAAAGCAGUGAUACCAAAACUGGAGUUGGGCGAUGACAUUGAGCAGUACUUGAUAACCUUUGAGAGGCUGGCGGUGGCAUAUCAGUGGCCUGAAGUGGAGUGGUUGGUGAGGCUGGUUCCUUACCUGUCAGGAAGAGCUCGAGCAGCUUAUGUGGCCAUGGCAGCAGAGGACACUGGGGAUUACCAAAAGGUUAAGGAGGCAAUUUUUUCAAAGUAUGACAUUAAUGAAGAGGUGUACCAACAGCGGUUCCGAGACCCUGACAUCCGGCCCGGCGAAAGUCCGAAAGAGUUUUAUAAUCGUCUGAAAGACCUGUAUGGCAAAUGGAUCCAACCAGAGAAGAAAACCAAGGAGCAGGUUGGAGACGCCAUUAUCCUUGAACAGUUUUAUCGCUCGUUGACUCCAGAACUCCAGGUGUGGAUGAAAGAAAGGGGUCCAAAGUCAGCGCAAGAAGCUGCUCAGCUGGUGGAAACAUUUCAAGCAGCAAGGCGUGGAGCUAGAAGCUUUCGAUUUGGGGCUUCGGCCAAAUCUUUCACUUCACAUGGUAAGUCAUCUGGGGUUGGGGGUGGUCCUAAGGAGUUAGAGCCUUUGAAGUCGGAGGAUGGGUUUGUAAAAACAAAAUUAACCACCAAACCUGCCCUGUGA